AUGGUUGGCGUCAAGGGGAAAUACAAGGGUUGCAAUACAUGUCGGAACAGGCGGGUUGCCUGCGACAAUACGCGGCCAUUUUGCAAGAAAUGCACAGACCACGGUCGCGUCUGCGAGGGCUACGAGCAGCAGACUGUGUUUAUCGUGGGGACGAUAGAAGACAAAGGGCGCUGCGCUUCGCACCCCCCGAGGAACAUUUCCAAGAAGAAGAUCAAGACGGAGAGCGCGGCAUCAUUGAGCGAGGGCGAGGCCGGGCCAAGCAGCGCCAGGAGCAGGCGUCCGCAACCCAAAGCCACGCUGGAGUUGAAGGAGAUCCAGCCGCCGGGGCAAAGCUGGGACACGCACGUGCGCGUUGCCUCUGUCGGCGGCCUUCACAGGUUGAGGUUUGUCGCCAUACAUGCUCGGCUGGGACAGAUCCAGAAACAGCAGGAUCCCAAUGACGGAGAGACCAGGCUGAGGCUGCCGCCCUCGAGGCGGGCAGACGUCAGACCUACAUUCGUGCAAGCGGAGUUCAAGUUGACGGCCGAUGGCUAUAUACACUUACCGCGAGGCCGUGAACGCCAGGGCCAAAGUCCCAGCACGACCGAGGGUUUGUGUCUCUUCCUAUACGAGCACAACUCCUCGGCAUUCUAUAACAACCGGCCGCACUGGAAAGACGCUGCCGCGCUCAGCGAUCCAAUUCGCCAGAUGGGCCCUAGCGCCUUUAGGUCAUUUCCGGCCCAUCACUUCUUUACACGAAUAUAUCGACCCAAUGCAAUAUUUGCAUCUCUUCUCAACCGUCAGACUACGACCCUGGCCAGUCCAGAUUGGCAUUCGGUACCCUGGGAACUAUCUCCCAAGACGGCCCUUGACCGCCUGCUAGACACCAUAGCACAGAUUCCUACCAUUCUCUCGCGCUCCGACCGCAUCCUGUCGCUUCUUCCCUCCAUCGGCCGGCGGCUAAAGGCAAACGACCUACUCUCUAAUUGCGCCUCUAUCGAACGGCAAUUUGAGACUUGGUAUGCCGGUGUCGAGGAGGCCGCACGCAGGAACCCGCAAAAUCCGCUGCUCUUCUGGCCUCAUGACACCACCAUCGGACAGCCCGAACAGGGCCAGAUGCCCUUUGAGGUCACGUAUGACUUUCCCAGUUCCAUGUCGGGUCUGGCACACGUGUACUACUGGACAGGGCUCAUCGUAUUGUACGGGGCCAUGGCGCGCCUAGCCGAGGUCGUGUUGGUCGACGGCAGCCCUAUCCCUGCCCCUGCCUCAUUUCCAAUACACACCGCCGCGAACACGCAGCCCGGCGCCGCCGCCCCGGGGUCGAGGCCUUAUCAGCACGGCUACGGCCACGUCUACGAGGGCGGCUCCCCCAGCCCGUCGAGCCAUAGCUACGCAUCGUCCACAGGCACCGCCGGCUCGUCUUCCGGGUACUCGCCGUACUACGCGCACGCGGCCUCGAGCGCCGGCACGUCCGUCGCCGCCAACAGCGCCUACAACCGCAACACCAGCACCCUGCCGCCGUCCAUCCAUCCGGCCAAGUACCAGACGCGCGAGAUCCGGCGGCUGGCGGCGCACGUGUGCCGCAGCCUCGACUGGACCGUCGGCCGGUCCUCGAGCGCCGCCGCCGACGGCUUCGGGCCCCUCGGCCAGCCCGACCUCGUCGCCGCCCCGCUGCACAUCGUCGAGCGCUUCUACGAGGACAUCGGCUGCACCCUGGGCGACGGCGAGCUCGAGCGGCUGUGGUGCCGCGGCUUCCGCGAGCGCCUGGAGCUGCGGAGCGCCGAGGUCGAGAACAUGGCGCUGGGCCUGCCCGCCGCAGGUGCAAGCCCUGCUGCUGGUGGCCCUGUUGCCGGUGCGGGCUCCACGAGCGCUGCGGGGGCGAAAAGGGGGAAAGAUCCGCAGGUGGCCAUGCACAACAGGCCGGCUGACGCUGGCUUCGCGGUUCCGCAGGGAGGCAGGGGCUGGAUUGAGAUUGGGCGGUUUGGUGGGUGA